ACUUAACCCUACUUUUUUGAUAUAACCUCGCUUGCAGGUGCCCUUUAAGAAAAAUUUACAAUUGAAAAUCAUAAUAAAUUCAAAAAUAAUGUUAACCACGUUGAGAAAAUUUCAAAACCUAGGCAGAAGGACUUUAGUGUUGACCGAACGAACUUGGGGUCUAAAUACAAAUUUAUACUCUAACCACCCAUCUAGAUUAUUACUUAGAAGUUAUAACAAUGACAACUACAACCAAAGGAUACCCAAUGACAACUACACAAGAAGAGAAACAGGGUUCAAUAGAAAUUUUGAACAAACUUUCGGAAGAGAUCUGUUACCUCCCAAUUGGAAAGAUUUAGACCUACAAACAAUUAAAAAAGAUUUUUAUACACCACACGACAAUGUUGUCAAUAGAACAAAGGAAGAAAUUGAGGAGUUUUAUAAAAAUCAUCAAAUUACUGUAAAAGGAGAUGCUCCAAAUCCUAUUUUAAGUUUUGAAGAAGCUAAUUUUCCCGAUUAUAUUAUGAAGGAAAUCAUUAAACAAGGUUAUGAAAAACCUACUGCAAUACAAUCUCAGGGUUGGCCUAUAGCCUUAACUGGAAAUGACAUGGUAGGUAUAGGGCAUACAGGCUCAGGCAAAACCUUAGCAUUUCUACUGCCAGCCCUUGUACACAUUAAAAACCAACCAAGACUAAUGCAAGGUGAUGGUCCCAUUGCCUUAAUAGUAGCGCCGACACGCGAGCUAGCGCAGCAAAUUCAAAAAGUUGCUGAUAUUUUUGGCAGAGCUUCAAAUAUCAGAAAUACUUGUGUGUUUGGAGGUGUGACUCGUAAUUUUCAAGCAAGGGAUCUAAAUAGAGGUGUGGAGAUUGUUAUAGCUACUCCUGGAAGGUUGAUUGACUUCUUAGAAAGAGGGGAUACAAAUUUACAAAGAUGUACCUAUCUGGUUCUGGAUGAAGCUGAUAGAAUGUUGGAUAUGGGUUUUGAGCCUCAGAUAAGAAAAAUUAUUGGACAAAUCAGACCUGACAGACAAACAUUAAUGUGGUCUGCAACUUGGCCUCCAGAAGUCAGAAACCUUGCUGAAGAUUUUUUUAAGAAUUAUGUUCAGUUAAAUGUUGGUUCACUCGAAUUAUGUGCCAAUCAUAACAUUGUUCAGAAUGUUGAGGUGUGUGAGGAAGAUGAAAAGGAAGAAAAAUUAACAGGGAUAUUGGAAGAAAUUGACGCCAGAAAGCAUAGAACUCUGAUUUUCGCGCAAACCAAAAGAAGAGUUGAACAUAUAGCAAAAUUAAUCCACAGGGCUGGCUAUAGGGCACUUUGUAUGCAUGGGGAUAGGAGUCAGAGAGAUAGGGACCGCGUUUUACAUGAAUUUAGAAUUGGAAAGUCCCCAAUUUUGGUGGCAACUGAUGUAGCUGCUAGGGGAUUAGAUGUGGAUGGUAUUAAAUAUGUUAUCAACUAUGAUUAUUCUAAUAAUUCCGAAGAUUAUAUUCAUAGAAUUGGCAGAACUGGCCGCUCUGGUGCCACUGGCACUUCUUAUACCUUUUUAACACCUGAUAAUGCCAGACAGGCUGAAGAUCUGAUAUCUGUUCUUCAGGAAGCUAACCAGGAAAUAAACUCAGAUUUAGUAGCCUUAGCACAAACAAGAAAUAAACCUGCCAAGAAAAAUUUUAACAGAAGACCAAGUUAUAAUGGAUAUAAUAGGGAUCAAAUGAGACAUAGGCAAUUUAGAAGUGAUAUUUCAUAUUGCGCACUUCCGGUGGCGCAAGCGCAAGUUACACUGCCAGCUCUUUGUUGCGGAGAUGAGGAAAUUCUUUCUCUUUCCCCUAGAUCGUUGAAGAGGGCUUGGGGAAACACAAAUAAUGGCGGUGGAAACUUCCGCGGGGGUAGAGAAAACGGCUUCUCCAACGGUGGAGGCAACCGUUUCGGCGGCGGCGGUGGCGGUGGCAGUAGAUUCGGUGGCGGUGGUCGUCAAAAUACCAACGGUAAUGGAUUACGCAAACCAGAAUGGAAUAGCAAAGUUUUGCAGCCAUUUAAAAAAGAUUUCUACGUGCCCCACGAUGCCGUCGCUAAACGUUCGACUUUCGAAGUCGAUCAAUACCGUCAGACAAAAGAAAUAACUAUUGAAGGAGACGUACCAAACCCAAUUCAAAACUUCAACGAAGCUAACUUUCCUGAUUAUGUAAUGAACGAAAUUCGCAAAGCUGGUUAUGAAAAUCCAACUUCCAUUCAAGCUCAAGGUUGGCCCAUUGCCAUGAGCGGUCAUGAUAUGGUUGGCAUUGCUCAGACUGGAUCUGGCAAAACUCUGGCCUACACUCUUCCAUCCAUUGUACAUAUCAACAAUCAGCCACAAGUUAACCGUGGAGAGGGCCCCAUUGUAUUGAUUCUUGCCCCCACUAGGGAAUUGGCCCAACAAAUCCAACAAGUUGCCAAUGACUUUGGCAGAUCUUCAUAUGUACGCAACACAUGCAUCUUUGGAGGAGCUCCAAAAGGGCCCCAGGCUAGAGACUUGGAAAGAGGAGUCGAAAUCUGCAUUGCCACCCCUGGAAGGUUGAUUGACUUCCUUGAAAAAGGAACAACAAAUUUGGAAAGAUGCACCUAUCUGGUGUUGGACGAAGCUGACAGGAUGUUGGACAUGGGUUUUGAGCCCCAAAUUCGCAAAAUCAUUGAGCAAAUCAGACCUGACAGACAAACUCUUAUGUGGUCUGCAACAUGGCCCAAAGAAGUAAGGAAACUUGCUCAAGAUUUCCUCACAAACUACGUCCAAAUCAAUGUUGGAUCUCUUCAACUAUCAGCCAACCACAACAUCCUACAAAUCGUUGAUGUUUGUCAAGAACAUGAAAAAGAAACUAAGCUAAGUCAAUUAUUACAAGAAAUUGGUAACUGUUCAGAACAAGGAGAAAAGAUCAUCAUUUUCGUGGAAACCAAGAAAAAGGUAGAAAAUAUUACAAAGGGGAUAAGAAGAUUUGGAUGGCCUGCAGUGUGCAUGCAUGGCGACAAAUCACAACAAGAAAGAGACUAUGUACUAAGGGAAUUCAGAACUGGAAAAGCCAGCAUAUUGGUUGCUACUGACGUAGCUGCCAGAGGAUUAGAUGUGGAAGGAAUCAAAUACGUAAUCAACUAUGAUUACCCAAACUCCUCAGAAGACUACAUUCACAGAAUCGGCAGAACCGGCCGUUCUGACACAACCGGAACAUCUUAUGCAUUCUUCACACCAGGCAAUUUCAAACAAGCCAGGGAUUUGGUUUCAGUACUAUCAGAAGCUAACCAGGUUGUGAACCCCAAACUCUCCGAAAUGGCGUCAAGAGGCGGCGGCGGUGGUUUUGGAGGUAAAUCUGGUGGCAGAUGGGGUUAUGGAGGCGGUUUCAGAGGCAGGGAAAAUACCGGCCCCAAGCAACAUCAAAGAUUCGGUGGAAACAAUAAAGCGUCGAACGGAUAUGGAAACAGAGGAGGUAACUAUCAUUUUAUUCACUAA